AUGCCUGAUUUCCCCCAGUCCGCCAUUGCUAGCGGGCUCCACCCGCCAGGGAAUUGUUUCGCUGCCGGCGGAAGCGGUGACGCUCCGCUCGCAGCGCAGAAGAAACGUGUGGAGAGCUGGGGAGCUGAGUGGGAGGAAUCCAGCAUGGACCCGGCCUCACCCCUAGUGUGGCAGGCGCUGCGGCUGUUGUUAGUGCAGCUGUUGCUGUCCUGCAAGCCCCUGGAAGCCGGGACCCAAAAUGUCAGCGUGGAGGCGCCUGCCCUGGUGCGCGGCUUCCUGGGCGCCAACAUCACGCUGCCUUGCGUGCUGCAGCCACGAGGGACUGGCGUGAGCAUGGUGAUAUGGCAGCGGCUGGGAGACCCCCACGGCAAUGUGGCCACAUUACACCAUUCGGGAAAUACCCAAUUCUCCCACCCUGGGAGGAUGGAGUUUGCAGCUGCAGGGUCUGGCCAGGAGCUACGGAACGGGUCGCUGAUCAUUCGGGAGCUCAGUGUCCAUGAUGAAGCCAACUACACCUGCAACUUUGUCAUCUACCCACACGGUAACCGGGAGGCCCACACCUGGCUCCGCGUGCUCGCCCGACCCCGGAGCCAGGCAGAAGCCCUGAACGUGGACCUCCCAGUCCACCCGGAGCCCGUGACCAUGGCCCGUUGUGUCUCAACCGGAGGACGCCCCCCUGCCCUCAUCACCUGGUCAUUGACCCCCGGCUGGCAGGUCAAUACGAGCCAGGCGUCAGGGCCCCUUCCCGGCACAGUCACUGUCACCAGCCUCCUGACCUUGGUGCCCUCCAGCCAAGUGGACAGCCAGAAUGUGACCUGUAGAGUGGAGCAUGAGAGCUUCAAGGAGCCUGACCAGCUGGUGGUGACCCUCAGCGUGCGUUACCCCCCUGAGGUCUCCAUCUCUGGCUAUGAUGACAACUGGUACCUCGGACGCAGUAAAGUCACGCUGAACUGUAACGCCCGCAGCAACCCAGAACCCACAGACUACAUGUGGAACACGACCUUGGGUCUCCUGCCUCCCUCUACUGUCGCCCAGAGCCAUCAACUCCAGAUCCAGACUGUGGACGAGUCAACCAACACAACAUUCAUCUGCAGUGUGACCAAUGCCAUAGGGACUGGCCGGGCAGAGCUGACCGUCCUGGUCAAUGACAGACCUGGGGCCCAGUCACGCCUACACAUCUGCCUGUACAUCAUCAUCCCCGUGAUUGCGAUGCUGCUAGUGGGGGUCCUGCUUUGGUUCUUCUGUUUCAGAAACAAUUUCGCUGUCUCCUCUUCGCCUGUGGCCCCUUCAGAACAACUCGACUUAGAACCUGCCAACAGAGGGCACCAGGAAUCGGAGCAAAUGGAGCAAGAGAUCUGA